ACACUACGUGUGUACCCUUCUCACCUGACACAAACACACAACUAAGUUAAAACCGGGUGUUGUCUCAAAGCUCCCUUUCUGUCAAAAUCCCCAAACAUUUCCCAAUUUCGCAGCCCAAUUCAAUCCAACAUGCCGAAGAAGAUGGGCAUCAACAGCAAGGCUGAGGCCGCUCGUGCUCGAAAGACCGCCACCGAGUCGGAGCGCAAGGAGCGGGAGGCUCGCGAGAAGGAAGAGCAGUACUGGCGUGAAGCGGAGGGUUCAAAAUCCCGAUCCGCCAAGAAGCGUGAGGAGGAAUCUGAGAAAAAAGCGGAAGCCAUUGCGCGGCGGGCAGAGGCACGCAGGUUGGCCGAGAUGGAAGAAAAGGAGAUUGAGAAAGCCAUGAAGAAGCCGGAUAAAAAGGCGAACCGGGUAGCUAUUCCGGUGCCUAAAGUGACGGAGGCUGAAUUGAGUAGGCGGAGAGAGGAGGAGCAGGCGGAGUUGGCUAAGAAAGCUGAAGAGAUGAAGAAAAAACAGGCUAGGACUGCUGCGGAGGAAGAGUACGAGAGGAUGGUGUUGGUUGCCAAUACUAAUAGAGAUGACUCGAUUAUUGAGGCUAGGACUGUUGAGGAUGCAAUAGCUCAGAUGUCUGUUACCGAUAGUUUGCCUGUUGAUAAGCAUCCUGAGAGGAGGCUUAAGGCAUCUUUUAAGGCUUUUGAAGAAGCUGAGCUUCCUAAACUCAAGGCAGAGAAACCAGGGCUUACUCAUAACCAAUACAAGGACAUGAUAUGGAAGCUAUGGAAGAAAUCUCCUGACAAUCCUCUUAAUCAGGUUGCAGAUUAGUGAAUGAAUGCUGCUGCAUUUUCAGACCAGAUAGUGAGCAAGAAAAGAAAGCCUCGAGUUUGAUUGCCAGAGAAUGAUCCCUUGGGCAGACUGUCAAGGAGAUUAUGCAAGUCCAGGAGCUUGUAUCGCUUAUAACUUUUAUGUACUUGUCGGCCUACUAAAUUUGGAGUGUCUGCUCAUACUGUAAAAAACUUGAUUUGAUUAAUAAUGCUAUCUACUACCCUUUCGGGCACAAGUGGGGCUCUUCU